GCGGUUUCCAUACAUAUGCUACAAAAAUGGUGGUGGAGCUUUUCUGGUACCAUACUUCAUCUUCCUGGGAAUGGUUGGGGUUCCUCAGCUCCUUCUUCAGUUCUCAUAUCCGCAGUACUCCAGCAGCGGACCAGCUAGGGCAUGGGUGUGUUGUCCUCUCUUCAAAGGUAUAGGUUACGCAAUGAUUCUGACCAACUCUGUGAUCGCAGUUUAUUAUAACGUCAUCAUUGCCUGGACAUUGUACUACCUUGCUAACUGUUUCUCUGUAAAGCUGCCUUGGAGUAAUUGUGAUAAUACUUGGAACACGGGAAAUUGUUACACCCGAACGAAUGAACCGACAGCAGUAGUGAGAAACACAAGCAGUACAGCAGUUUACAAUAUGUCAGGUUUGAAGGAACCAAAAUUUGGGACGAAUGGGACAACAUUAUCAGAGAACGGUAAAACCGCCACAGAAGAAUUUUGGACGUACAAUGUUCUCCAGUUAACUGAUGGUGUAGAGACAAUGGGACACGUACGCUGGCAGUUACUUCUGUGUAACCUUUCUGUAUGCAUACUCCUUUUCCUCUGUGUCUUCAAGGGCAUCAAAUUGUCGGGAAAAAUUGUCAUGAUACAAGUAUUGACGGGGUCACUGGGUGACAUUAAUCCGCACCUUUUUCGGUCGAAAGUUGCAUGGACGUCUGCCGCUAUUUGUCUGGUGACGUUUGUGCUUGGAAUACCAUUUUGUUGUCAGGGCGGGAUGUACGUGCUACAGUUGGUGGAUUGGUACAUUGCCAGUGUUGCUUUGCUACUGAUAGUUUUCCUUGAAUCAUCUGUCCUGGCAUGGAUAUAUGGGUCCCAGAGGCUAAGUGACGAUAUAGCUGUGAUGAUUGGAUAUCGUAUACCAAAGUUGUGGCAGGUGUUCUGGAGAUUUGUGACACCAAGCUGUAUACUAGUUAUGUGGAUAAUGAGCCUAGUCAAUCAUCGUCCCGUAACUUAUGGAGGCAAGUCCUAUCCCGCCUGGUCCGUUGGUGUAGGAUGGAUUAUCGCCCUUGUGCCAUUGCUCCCUUUGGUUGGAAACAUCAUAUUGACUCUUCUUAAACACGACGGCAACAUAAAACAGAGACUACAGAAAUCCAUUCAACCCUUGCCUGAUUGGUCAAAUAAUUUGCGAUCAAACCAAUAUUCAGGACAAAAUGGCGAAAUUUUAUUAUUAGAAUAAACCCAUGAGACCCCAA